AUGGCCCGGCGGCGGGUCCGGACGUGGGCUGCAGCCGUCGCCACGGGUGUGCUCGUCGUCGUCGUCGCUACUGCUUCUGCUGCGGCGGCGGCGGGGGCCGAGGAGAAGCUGAUGGUGGAAAUGACCCUCGUCCCGGGCGCCGCGUCGACGGGAGCAGUGUGCCUCGACGGGAGCCCGCCGGCGUACCACCUCCACCAGGGCUCCGGCGCCGGCGCUCGCGGCUGGCUGCUCCAGUUCGAGGGCGGCGGUUGGUGCAACGACGCGCGGUCGUGCGCCCAGAGAGCCCGCACUUCACUAGGUUCCAGCAGCCUCAUGAACAAGCUCGACACGUUCUCCGGAUUGCUCAGCAACGAUCCCGCCAUGAACCCUGAUUUUUACAAUUGGAAUCGAGUGAAAAUGCGAUACUGCGAUGGCGGCUCCUUCACAGGCAAUUCAGAGUUCAGAAAUGGUUCUUCAGUCAUCUACAUGAGAGGCCAGAGGAUAUGGGAUGCAAUCAUCACAGAUCUCUUCCAGAAAGGCCUUGCGAAAGCCGAAAAGGUGCUGCUCUCAGGCUGCUCAGCAGGAGGUCUAGCUACAUUCUUCCACUGCGACGACCUCGAGGAGCGUCUCCGAGGCACUGCCAUGGUGAAAUGCAUGAGCGAUGCCAGGGUUUUUCCUUGA